UCCAGCUUCUCCAGUCCCUGUCCUCUUCUGGCUCAUUCACUCUUUAAUGUGGCCAUAAAGGUUUAAAUAAUGACUGACAGUGGAGAAGGCGACGUUGAAUUCCAGUUUCUACAGACGGGAGAUGAGGUGGUUUUGCAGAGUACCUUCACCUCCCAGGAGGAACAUGUGAAGCUAUGUCUUGCUGCUGAAGGAUUUGGCAGCAGACUUUGCCGGCUUGAGCCCACCUCUAACUGUAAGAAUGUUCCACCAGACUUGUCUGUGUGUGGCUUUGUCCUGGCCCAGUGUCUUUCUGUGCGAGCCCUGCAGGAGAUGUUGGCCCACAGUGAAAACCUGGCUGCAGAGGUGGGAGCUGGAGGUAGCCAUCGCACCCUUCUAUAUGGGCAGGCGGUAUUGUUUCUACACUCAUACAGUGGCAUGUACCUCAGCUGCUUGUCUUCCUCUCAGUCUUCAACUGACAAGCUGGCUUUUGAUGUUGGCCUGCAAGAGGACAAAACAGGGGAGGCGUGUUGGUGGACUGUCCACCCAGCAUCCAGACAGAGGUCAGAGGGUGAGAAGGUGCGUGUAGGUGAUGACCUCAUACUUGUGAAUGUGUCUUCAGAGAGAUACUUGCACCUUUCCUUCGGCACUGCAUCUGACAACAAAAGCUUGAGUGACAGUCUGAUUGUUAAUGCAGCCUUCCAGCAGACCCUCUGGAGUGUUGCUCCCAUCUGCUCUGGACACGCCGUUGCUCAAGGAUACCUGAAGGGGGGUGAAACACUUCGGCUACUCCACAGCCAUAGUGACGCAUGUCUGACUGUUCCCUCUACAGAGCAUGGAGAGGAGCUUCAAAGGAUAAUGCAUUAUGAGCUUGGAUCAGUCUCCGGUCAUGCCCGGUCUCUCUGGAGGCUGGAGAUUCUGCGAGUUGUUUGGAGUGGUAGGCAUACAUGCUGGGGCCAGCCAUUCAGACUGUGCCACGUUACUACUGGAAGAUACCUGGGUCUCACAGAGGAGAAAGGUCUGCAGCUGGUUGAUCGGGACAAAGCUGACAUCAAUACAACCUCCUUCUGCUUUCGAUCAUCAAAGGAGAAGCUUGACACCAACACAAAGACUGAUGUUGAUGGGAUGGGAAUCCCAGAGAUCAAAUAUGGAGAUUCCAUUUGUUUUCUUCAACAUGUAGCCUCUGGGCUCUGGCUAACAUACCAAGCUGCUGAUGCCAAGUCCCAUAUGGGUGGAGCUCAGCGAAAGGCAAUUUUGCACAGUGAAGGGCAUAUGGACGACGGGCUGACACUGUCUCGUUCUCAGAGGGAAGAAUCUCAUACUGCCAGACUAAUACGGAGUGCUGUUCUCCUCUUCACUCGCUUUGUAAGGAAACUUGAUGGUUUUAACCAAGAGAUAAAUAUCCCCUCUGUCAGCCUGCCAGUGGAGACAGUGACACGCAGUCUGCAGGAUCUGAUCAUCUAUUUCAAGCCUCCACUGGAGGGGCUAGGCCAUGAAGCUAAACAGAACAGCAUGGCGGCGCUAAAGAAUCGACAGAACAUGUUUCAAAAAGAGGGUGUGAUAGAUUUGGUCUUAGAUUGUAUUGACCGUCUACACCAGUAUAGUAGUGCUUCUCAUUUUGCUGAGGCUGUUCAGAGUGACACAGGAGAGGAGUGGGAAACCAUCGUCAACCAUUUCUAUGAGCUGUUGGCUGCUCUGCUCCGGGGAAACCGUGCAAAUUGUGCUAAUUUCUCGGGUUCGCUGGACUGGCUGAUUAGCAGGCUAGAACGGCAGGAGGCCUCUUCUGGAGUCCUGGAAGUUCUUCACUGCGUCCUUGUGGAAAGCCCUGAAGCUCUCAAUGCCAUCAAGGAACAACACAUUCAGUCUGUCAUCUCAUUUCUGGACAAGCUUGGAUGCAACCACAGGGUGCUGGAGGUGCUUUGUUCUCUGUGUGUGUGCCAUGGUGUGGCGGUGCGGUCCAAUCAGAACCUCAUCUGUGACAGUCUGCUGCCAGACAGAGAUUUGCUACUCCAAACACGUCUCGUUAAUCAAGUCACCAGCAUGAGGCCAAACAUCUUCCUAGCUAUGGGAGAAGAUUCAUCCCAGUAUCGCAGGUGGUACUACGAGCUGGUUGUGGAUCACGUCAAACCCUUUCUCACAUCUGAGCCCACACACCUGCGUGUCGGCUGGGCUUGCAUGAAAGGCUACCAGCCCAGGCCGACAGGCGGCGAGGGCUGGGGGGGGAAUGGAGUGGGAGAUGACCUCUGCUCGUAUGGCUUUGAUGGACUUCACCUCUGGUCAGGCUGCGUGAGCCGGAAAGUCAGCUCCCCGUUCCCUAACCUACUAAAAGAUGAUGAUGUCGUUAGCUGCUGCCUUGACCUCAGCAUUCCCUGCAUCUCAUUCCGGGUCAAUGGUCUACCUGUGCAGGGCAUGUUUGAGAACUUCAAUGCUAAUGGACUUCUUUAUCCUGUGGUCAGCUUCUCUGCUGGAGUCAAAGUUCGUUUUCUGUUUGGGGGAAGGCAUGGAGAGUUUCGCUUCCUGCCACCUCCAGGUUAUGCUUCUUGCUCUGAAGCUCUUCUCCCAAAAGUCAGACUGAAGGUACAGCUGUGUCAGGAAUACAUUUUGGAUCAUGGUGAAGGGAAACAAGAGCUUAUUGGCCCCUUAGUGCCUGUCACUCCAGUUACCUUCACUCCGACAACAAUAGACAUCAGCAAGGUGGUAUUGCCUCCACAACUUGAGGACAUUCGAGAAAAAAUGGCUGAGAAUAUCCACGAGCUCUGGGUAAUGGACAAGAUUGAUCUCGGAUGGACACAUGGACCAGUGAGGGAUGAAGGUAAGAGACAUGAUCCUUGUCUGGUGGAGUUCUCCAAGUUGCCAGAGCAUGAGAGAAACCAGAACCUUCAGAUGGCACAGGACACACUCAGGACCCUGCUGGCACUUGGUUUCCACAUCGGAUUGAUGGAUGAUCAUGCUGAGAAACACAUGAAAUACAUGAGACUUCCUGUCAAGUAUGAGCAGAUGACUGGCUACAGGCCUGCUCCAGUAGACCUGAGCCAGGUGUCUCUGAGCUCAGACCACGAGGAAGCAGUUAACUUGCUGGCGGAGAAUGAACACAACGUAUGGGCCAGAGAGCGAAUCAAACAGGGAUGGACUUAUGGAGCGCAACAGGAUAUAAAAGCAAAGCAGAGCCCUUACCUUCUGCCCUACAGCCUUCUUGAUGAAAGAACUCGGAGAGUGGGAAGAGAGAGUGUCAGAGAGGCUGUCUGUACCCUGCUGGCAUACGGCUACAGCCUGGAGCCCCUAAACCAGGAACACACUACAUUAUCAAAGCCAUGUUUCUUCUCUGCUGAGAAAUGCAGAGUGUUCAGACCAGAUAAAUCAUAUGCUGUGACUCAGGGGAAGUGGUAUUUUGAAUAUGAAAUACUGACAGCAGGGAAUAUGAGAGUGGGCUGGGCCCGACCAGGCUGUACCCCAGAUAAAGAGCUUGGCUCAGAUGACCAAGCAUAUGUCUUUGAUGGAUUUGAGGCUCAGUGGUACCAUCAGGGCGGCGAGCCCCUGGGACGUCCAUGGCUGAGAGGUGAUGUGGUGGGUUGCUUGGUGGACAUGGAUGAAUGCACCAUGAUGGUUACGCUCAAUGGAGAGCUGCUGUUUAAUGACAGAGGAUCAGAGCUGACUGCCAAGGACUUUGGUAUUAGAGAUGGCCUAUUACCUGUGGUUAGUGUUGGGGUGAACCAGGUGGGGAGGCUGAAUCUGGGACGCCAAGUAGGCUCUUUGCAAUACUUUACUGUGUGUGGCCUGCAGGAGGGGUAUAGACCUUUUGCCAUCAACAUGGCCAGAGACCCAGCUCUGUGGAUGAGUUGGAAACAGCCGCAGUUUACCUCCAUACUACCUGAUGAUCACUAUUUACAGGUUACAAGAGUCAGUGGCUCAGCAGAUUCCUUAUCCAGCCUGAGGGUCUCCCAGUGUAUGCAACCGCACCAUGGUGGAGAAAGUGAGAUGGGCUAUUAUCGCCUCAGCAUGUCUGUCGGAUGUGCUGCUGUCCUCAGAAGCCCACCAGGGGGCGUGCUUCCUGUGGCCUCCAGUGCUCUCUCUCCAAGCUCAGAAAGGAAAGAGCAGGAGGAGGUGGACUCUGACUUUGAGGUGCUGAUGAAGUCAGCCCACAGCUAUGCUGGUUCAAGAGAUGAGCUCAACUAUAAAGAUCAUAGUAACGACAAAACAUCAAGACUGAAACAGCGGUUUAUGCUGAAGAAGACCAAACCAGGCUUAGUCAGCAGUAACUCAUCUGCACGGCUCCUCGAAGACGUUGUAGUCGACAAGGAUAACUAUGAUCACCUUAUCCAGAGCUCCAGAUAUUACUACUCAGUGCGGGUUCUUCCAGGCCAGGAGCCAUUCAAUGUGUGGGUAGGCUGGGUGACCUCUGACUUUCAUCAGCAUGACAUGACAUUUAACACUGACAAUGUCCACACUGUGACUGUCACCCUUGGAGAUGACAGUGGCAAAGUCCAGGAAAGUGUAAAGCGGUCUAACUGCUAUAUGGUUUGUGCUGGAGAGGCAACAGGCCUGUCUCAGAGUCGGAGAAGCACAGGAUUGGAAAUUGGCUGUUUGAUUGACACAACCACUGGUCUGCUUACAUUUACCUCCAGUGGAGUGGAGAUGGCCACUUUCUACCAAGUGGAGGCAAGUACAAAGCUCUUUCCUGCUGUUUUUGUCAAACCCACCACCAAAAACAUGUUUCAGUUUGAACUGGGACGCAUCAAGAAUGUGAUGCCACUGUCCUCAGGUUUGCUUCGGAGCCAGUCAAGGAAUGUCACUCCUCAGUGUCCUCCUAGGGUUCAGGUCCAGUGGCUGAGGCCUGCUUCAUGGACUAGAGUACCAGACAGAGCACUGAAAGUGUUGGUUGAUCGACCAGAUGAAUGUCACGGCUGGAGAAUUCAAUGCCGUGAGCCCUUACAAGCCAUGAUCCUUCACAUUCCUGAUGAAAACAGGUGUGUUGACAUUUUGGAACUGUCGGAGCUUGAUGACCUCUUGACCUUUCACAACAAUACCCUCCUGCUCUACUGCUCUUUAUGUGCUCUUGGCAACACCAGAGUUUGCCAUGCCCUCUGCAGUCAUGUGGACCAGUCGCAGAUUCUUUAUGCUAUUCAGGAUCCCUACCUCCCUGGCCUGCUCCGGUCUGCAUUUUAUCAGCUGCUUUUUCAGGUUUUCCUCAGCAGCUACACCACAGCCUGUCUUAUGAUGAACCAUGAAUACAUAGUUCCUAUGACUGACCAAACCAGAGAAAUCACCCUUUAUCCCAGUCCUAUUAAUGGUGGGGAUAGACAACCUCCAGAGGGAAUACCAAGUGCUAGCUGUAGCACAUCCCUUAAACCUCAGAUGCAUUUUUCAACUCCUUGCUUUAUCAGAAGCGAUUGCAUAGAAGGAGCUAGUGCACUGGAAAUAGCCUGCAAAGACAGCCCAGAAAUCCCUCUGGACGUUUUAAAGAAUCUUACCGUGGAGAUGCUGACUGCUGCAGUUUGGGCUGUGGGUCAGGAUGUAAGGGAUCCUGCAGGAGGCAAUUUCGAACUUUUGCUUGUUCCUUUAUUAAGACUUUUCUACAGCCUCUUGGUUAUGGGGGUGUGUAGGGAUGAAGACUUAGGGAAGAUUCUUAGACUCAUGGAGCAAGGUGCAUUUGCAAGGCCUGGAACACCCAUAGGGAAGUUGGAAGAAGAAACUAGUGAUGAUGAAGAAGAGCAGAAAGGAGUGAUCACUGAAGAAAGUUACACUGUUAAACAAGGACUUCUUCAAAUGAAGCUUCCAGAAGCUGUCAAACUUGAGCUCUGCCACUUGCUAUCCUACCUGUGUGACUGCCAGGUUCGCCACAGGGUAGAAGCUGUGAUUGCUUUCUCCAACAGCUUUGUUGGCCAGCUGCAGGAGAACCAGCGGUUUCGCUACAACCAGGUCAUGCAGGCGCUCAACAUGUCUGCUGCCCUCACUGCUCGCAAGACAAAGGAGUUCCGGUUACCACCACAGGAGCAGAUCAAUAUGCUGCUGACCUUCAGAGAAGAUGCGCAGCAGGAGAACUCUCCGUGUCCAGUGGAAAUCCAGGAGCUUCUUCAAGACUUCCAUCACCUUCUCGAGACACACUGUGGCAUUGAUUUGGCCAGCACCUCAGAGGAUGAAGAGGAUGCAGAGAUGUCUCUAAAAGAACGACUUCUCUGUCUUGUGGCGAGAGUCUUUGGCAGUAAUAAGUCAUCAAUGGAUAUAGACGGGUGUUCUUCACAUAGCCCCAAGUCCCUCAAAAAGAUGAUCUCUGAAACAAUGGUGCGCUGGGCUCAAGAAAGUGAGAUUGAGGACCCUGAACUAGUCAGUGCUAUCUUCUCAUUGCUGCACCGCCAGUAUCAGGGCCUCAGGGGCCUAAUGGAAGGACCCUUAUUCAAAGCUUAUACCAUCAAGCAGUCGUCACUGGAGGACACCAUGGCACUCUUGUCCUCCUUGGGACAAAUCCGCUCCCUCCUCAGUGUUCGCAUGGGGAAAGAGGAAGAGAGGUUGAUGAUCAGACGACUAGGAGAUAUCAUGAAUAAUAAAGUUUUCUACCAACAUCCAAACCUAAUGAGGGCAUUGUCGAUGCAUGAGACUGUGAUGGAGGUGAUGGUCAAUGUUCUUGGAGAAGGGCAAAUAAAGGAGAUUACCUUUCCUAAGAUGGUUGCCAGCUGCUGUCGAUUCCUGUGCUAUUUUUGCCGUAUCAGCCGACACAAUCAGGGAGCCUUGUUUGACCACCUCAGCUACUUAUUGGAAAACAGCAGUGUCGGGCUAGCUUCACCGUCCAUGCGUGGAUCCACUCCUCUGGAUGUGGCUGCAGCUUCAGUUAUGGAUAAUAAUGAAUUGGCCUUAGCACUGAGGGAAUCAGACCUGGAGAAGGUGGUUCAGUGCCUUGCUGGCUGUGGUCUCCAGAGCUGUCCAAUGCUAGUGGCAAAAGGUUAUUGCGAUAUAGGGUGGAACCCUGUGGAGGGCGAGCGUUAUCUGGAUUUUCUACGUUUUGCUGUCUUCUGCAAUGGUGAGAGUGUCGAGGAGAAUGCUUAUGUGGUGUUGAGGCUAUUGAUUCGUCGACCUGAGUGUUUUGGCCCUGCGCUGCGAGGUGAUGGGGGAAAUGGUCUCUUAGCAGCCAUGGAAGAAGCCAUCAAGAUCUCUGAAGACCCUUCUAUGGAUGGCCCUUGUACCAAUUAUCAUUCCAACAGAGCGCUAGAUGUUGUCCAAGACAGCGAUGAUGAUGUCAUUCACAUGGGGCACGCCAUCAUGACCUUCUACUCAGCUCUUAUUGACUUGCUCGGUCGCUGUGCUCCGGAGAUGCAUUUAAUUCAAGGAGGCAAAGGAGAGGCAAUCCGUAUCAGGGCCAUUCUGAGGUCUCUCAUCCCUAUUCAGGAUCUUCAGGGAGUCAUCAGCAUCUCCUUUCAAAUCCCUUCAGUCUCUAAAGAUGGUGCAUUGGUUGAGCCUGACUUAUCUACAGUGUUCUGCCCAGACCACAAAGCAGCCAUGGUGCUGUUCCUGGAUCGGGUUUAUGGUGUUGAGAGUCAGAGUUUUCUUCUCCACCUUCUAGAAGUUGGCUUUCUGCCUGACCUUCAGGCAGCUGUCUCUCUUGACACUGCUGACCUAGGAUCCACUGAUAUGGCUCUGGCCCUCAAUAGAUACUUGUGUACUGCUGUUCUUCCCCUUCUCACAAAAUAUUCAGUUCUUUUCCAUGAUUUAGAGGACCACAUCUUGCUGGUUGAUUCUCUCAUUCAGGCAGUCUACCGCCUCUCGAGGGCUCUUAGCUUGACCAAGGCUCAGAGAGACACUACAGAAGACUGUCUGUUGGCUUUGUGCAGUAAACUCCAGCCACCUAUGAUGCAGCCUCUCCUUCGUCGGCUUGUCUUUGAUGUCCUUCAUCUGACAGACCACAGCAAAAUGCCUCUAAAGCUCUUGACCAGUCACUAUGAGCAAAGGUGGAAGUACUACUCCCACUCUGGCAGGCAGGGUGAGCAGGGUUGUGCAUCUGAAGAAGAACUCUACCUGUCUACAAAGUUGUUCUGGGGGGUGUUCAAGGCUUUAGCCAAGAAGCCCCAGAUACUUCAGUUAUUGAGUCCGUGUGUGCAGUGCCUCUCUGCAGUGGCCAUGGCCCUGCCUCCUGAUCAUAUGGAACAAAACUGCUUGUCGCACAUUGAGAAAAUAACCUCCAUCGAUACAGACGGACACUUUGACCCCCAGCCUGUAGAUACAUCCAAUGUGUCAGUGCCAGAGAGGCUGGAGUUUGUUGUGAACAAGUAUGCCGAGCAUACUCAUGAAAAGUGGUCACUGGAAAAGUUUGUCGGUGGCUGGGUUCAUGGAGAGCACCUAUGUGAGAACACCAAAGUUCACCCUCGCCUCAAGCCGUACAGGGCUCUUGCUGAAAAGGAGAAGGAGGCGUACCGCUGGGCCAUCAAAGAGACAAUAAAGACUAUGCUUGCCUUUGGCUGGAACAUAGAAAGGACCAAAGAAGGAGAUGCUUUUAGCAUGCAUCCAUGUACACGCAGGGUCUCUCAGUCUGGACAGCUGUCAUUUGAAGGCGCAUCAACCUUCAGCCCCAAACCUGUGGACAUGAGCUGCAUCACCUUAUCAUGGGACCAAUGUGCCAUGGCUGAACAGCUGGCUGAAAACUACCACAAUGCCUGUGCUAAGAUGAAGAAAUUAGAACUUGAGAGUAAAGGAGGAGGUAGCCAUUCGCUGCUUGUACCUUAUGAUACCUUGAGUGCCAAAGAGAAGGCUAAAUUCAGAGAAAGAGCUCAGGAUGUCCUCAAGUUCCUUCAGCUCAAUGGCUACACUGUGUGGAGAGAUCGGAAGUCAGUGGAAAUGGACUUUCCAGCCAUAGCCAACUGCUUUGCAUACACGCUGCUUCAGCGGCUCCUGUCUCACACUGAGGAGGCCCAAGAGAACCUUUUAAAGCUUGAGGUGAUGCAAGCCAGAGGACAGAUGUCUAAGGGAGAGAGGGCUCCACACGAGCAACCAGUCAUUUUUUUUCACAAGGUUAUCCUUCCUCUUUUGGAACAGUAUGUUAAAAGCCACCGUCUAUAUUUCCUGUCUACUUCCUCGAGUGAUAAUAGAAGCCAUGCCUCGAGAAAGGAAAAGGAGAUGAUUGCAUGCCUCUUUUGUAAGCUUGCAGCGCUUGUAAGACACAGGAUCUCAGUCUUUGGAAGAGAAGCCUCAUCAGUUGCAAGCUCCCUCCACGUUUUGGCUCAGGCUCUUGAUGCCAGGACUUUAAUGAAGUCAGCACCAGAGUCUAUUCAGACAUCUCUGCAUUCCUUUUUUAAGGCAGCGGCGUCUGAUUUAGAGAUGACUGUGGAAACUCUUUCUGAGAGCUUAGUUUCGCUGCCUCAGAGUAGGAGUCAGCUGGCAAGAGGAGUAGCCAAGGUUCUCAACUACACAACCUCCAUCCUUCUCCCUACACUCACUUCUCUCUUCCUUCAUCUUGGAAACCAGAACCAUGGAGUAGAUCUCCUGGGUGUUGGAUGCACAGCUGGUUUCCACACCCCUGAAAUCACUUGGGUGGAACACCCACUGAGAAACAAAAAACCUGCCAGACACACAGUUUUAUCAAAACAGAGGAAACGUGCAGUGGUGGCCUGCCUGAGAAUGACUCCACUCUAUAACCUACCCAGGCAUCGAGCUGUUAACCUGUUUCUUCAAGCCUACAAUAAAUCCUGGAUAUCUGCUGAGGAGCACAGCUUUGAAGAGACACUUGUGGAGAAUUUAGCUAAGAGGGGAGUAAUGGAACUGUAUGUAGGUGGAAGAGGGGAAGAAAAGGAUGUGAAGGAAGGUGCCAAACCAAUCGAUCCUCUCCUACAACUCAUUACACUCUUCAGUCGAAGCGCCCUGACAGAAAGCAGUAAGGAUGGAAUUGACAGUCUCUAUAAGCCCUACGCUGCUAUUAUGGCCAAGAGUUGUAGCAGAGAGGGUGAAGAGAAAGAGCAGGAGGUGGAAAGCUUUGAAGAGAAGGAGAUGGAGAAACAGAAGUUGCUGUACCAGCAAGCCAGGUUACAUUGUCGUGGAGCUUCUGAGAUGGUCCUGCAAACUAUCAGCGCCAGCAAAGGUGCCAUAGGCUCCAUGAUUGCCCCUACACUGAAGUUAGGCAUUGCUAUUCUCAAUGGAGGAAAUGCCACUGUUCAGCAGAAAAUGCUGGAUUAUCUAAAAGAGAAGCGAGAUGUGGGCUUCUUUCAGAGCAUGGCUGGGCUCAUGCAGUCAUGCAGUGUUUUGGAUCUGAAUGCCUUUGAGAGGCAGAACAAAGCAGAGGGAUUAGGCAUGGCCACGGACGAGAGCUCAGGAAAAAAGGUGAUGCCUGACAAAGACCUAACCUGUGACCUGUUCCGUUUCCUUCAGCUGCUCUGUGAAGGACACAACUCAGAUUUCCAGAAUUACUUGAGAACACAAACAGGCAACAACACCACUGUCAACAUCAUUAUAUCCACUGUAGACUAUUUACUAAGGAUACAGCAGUCCAUCAGUGACUUCUACUGGUACUACUCAGGUAAGGAUGAGAUUGAUGCACAAGGUCAACACAACUUCUCCAAGGCCAUUGAAGUGGCCAAACAGGCCCUCAACACUCUCACUGAGUACAUACAGGGUCCGUGUACUGGGAACCAGCAGAGUCUAGCUCAUAGCCGUCUUUGGGACGCUGUUGUGGGAUUCCUCCAUGUCUUUGCGCACCUGCAGAUGAAGCUCUCUCAGGAUUCAAGGCAAAUAGAGCUUCUAAAGGAGCUCAUGGAUUUACAGAAAGAUAUGGUUGUGUUUUUGCUUUCUAUGUUAGAAGGCAAUGUUGUCAAUGGAACUACUGGAAAGCAAAUGGUGGAUAUGUUGGUGGAAUCGUCAGGCAAUGUGGAAAUGAUUCUCAAGUUUUUUGACAUGUUCCUCAAACUUAAAGACCUCACCUCCUCAGAAGCCUUCAGAGAACAUGAUCCUGAUCGUCAGGGAAGCAUAUCCAGGAAGGACUUCCAGAAAGCCAUGGAAAACUGCAAGCAUCUCUCGCAGGCUGAGAUCCACUUCUUGCUUUCGUGCAUGGAGACUAAUGAUGGUGAAAUUGUGAACUAUGAGGCCUUUGUGGAUCGCUUCCAUAAGCCAGCAAAAGACAUUGGCUUCAGCAUCACCGUUCUCCUCACCAACUUGUCAGAACACAUGCCCAACGAUUCAAGACUAAAGACAUUCUUGGAACUGGCAGAAAGUGUCUUGACUUACUUUCAGCCCAGUCUAGGACGCAUAGAGAUCCUCGGCAGUGGGAAGCGCUUCGAACGCGUCUACUUUGAGAUCAGCGAAUAUAGCCGUACACAGUGGGAGAAGCCACAGGUUAAAGAGUCGAAGAGGCAGUUCAUUUUUGAUGUUGUCAACGAGGGUGCAGAGAGAGAGAAAAUGGAAAUGUUUGUCAAUUUCUGUGAGGACACCAUUUUUGAGAUGCAGCUUGCAGCUCAGAUAUCUGGCUCUAACACCGGAGAAAGAAAUACUGGGAAACAAGUCGAGGAUAAACGACACCUGGGCGAUCAGGGAAUGUUUUUCAUGAUUCAUUGGUGGCUAUUUCUCUCAACUCUACUUUCUCUGACAAACCUAAAGACACUGAUGAAGUUGACCCUGAAGGAUAUCCUCAUGUCAGCUGCUCUAUUCGUCCGAUUCAUUUGUAUGGCUCAGGUACGGUGCAUUUAUGUUUUAUUUCACAGCAUCUUAUACGUGCUGUAUAUUGCUUUUGUGAGUGGUGGGCUCAUAGAGGGAGCCAAAAAGAUUAGGAUAUCUGACUUGCUUGGCGGUAUCCUUGAACCAACUCUUGAUGAGGUCACGGAGGUGCCAAGUGGUGUGGAUCAGCCGAGGAGGUACUCUGCCAGUUUUUCGUCCCACAGAGAAUUGAGGGAGAUUGGGCAGAUGGGAGCUGUGACCUCCCCCAGAGAGGUGGAUGUACUGUCAAGCAUUUUUGGCCUCAAACUAAAGAAAGAGGAAGGUCGAUACAAACUUGUAGCACAAGACCUCACUGCCAGUCUGGAUGACCUGUUCAGCACAAGUUCCAGGACCAGUGCUUCCUCUGAUUUUGAGAAGCAUCAGAUAACGCAGCAAAUUAAGGAUCACACAACCACAGAGGAUAAAAAUGAAGACACAAAAAUGAACACAGAAGAGAAGUCUGAGAAGAAAAUUGGAAAUGAGAAAGCAAAGGCAAGGGGGAGAGCCAAGAGAUUCUCAAAUAAGUUAAAAGAACCACAGAGCCAACAAUCUGCCCUUUGGGAGACAAUUGGCACUCAUAACAAGAGCCUGCUGAACUAUUUUGCAAGGAACUUUUAUAAUCUGCGCUUGCUGGCUCUUUUUAUCACCUUUGCAAUCAAUUUCGUCCUUCUGUUCUACAAGGUAACACCGUUUCCUACCCUGAAAGAAGAGGAAGGAAUGACCACAUCUGUUUACGGUGAAGAACUGAACUCUGAUGCUGACAACAACAGCGAGGGCAGAGUGUAUUUUGUACUUGAAGAAAACAGUGGAUACAUGGAGCCCUCUCUCAAUUUCCUGGCUGUAGCACACACAAUCAUCUCCUUCUGUUGUAUUAUUGGUUAUUACUGCCUCAAGGUACCAUUAGUAAUCUUCAAACGUGAGAAGGAAGUGGCACGAAGGCUGGAGUUUGAUGGACUCUAUGUGACAAAACAGCCUCCUGAGGAAGACAUCAAAGGCCAAUGGGACCGACUGGCAAUUAACACCCCAUCAUUUCCAAGCAAUUACUGGGAUAAAUUUGUGAAGAGAAAGGUGAUGGAUAAGUACGGUGACUUUUAUGGCUGCGAGAAGAUAAGUGAACUCCUAGGUCUGGACAAGGCUGCUUUAGACCUUAAUUCUGAAACAAAAACAAAGAAGAGGCUCAAGAGAGACGCUGCCUGGAGUGCUCUAUGCAACUCCAUUGACAUGAAGUAUCAGGUCUGGAAACUAGGUGUAGUUUUCACUGACAAUUCCUUCUUGUACUUGGCAUGGUACAUGACCAUGUCGUUUCUGGGACAUUAUAACAACUUCUUCUUUGCUGCCCACCUUUUGGAUAUCGCUAUGGGUUUCAAGACACUUCGUACCAUCCUCUCCUCUGUCACACAUAAUGGCAAACAGUUGAUCCUUACCGUGGGCCUCUUGGCUGUUGUGGUGUACCUCUACACCGUUGUAGCCUUCAACUUCUUCAGAAAGUUCUACAACAAAAGUGAUGACAAGGACAUCCAAGACAUGAAGUGCAAUGACAUGCUUACUUGUUACAUGUUCCACAUGUAUGUGGGAGUGCGUGCAGGCGGUGGAAUUGGCGAUGAGAUCGAGGAUCCUGCUGGAGAUGAGUUUGAGGUGGAACGGAUUGUCUUUGAUAUUACGUUUUUCUUCUUUGUCAUUGUCAUCCUCCUGGCCAUUAUCCAGGGCUUGAUAAUUGAUGCCUUUGGAGAGCUUCGUGACCAACAGGAACAGGUGAAGGAGGAUAUGGAGACCAAAUGUUUUAUAUGUGGAAUGGGAAGUGAAUACUUUGAUACGGUUCCUCAUGGCUUUGAGACUCACACGCUUCAGGAGCACAACCUGGCCAACUAUCUAUUUUUUCUGAUGUACCUUAUUAACAAGGAUGAGACAGAACACACGGGGCAGGAAUCUUAUGUGUGGAAAAUGUACCAGGAGCGUUGCUGGGAAUUCUUUCCUGUGGGAGACUGUUUCCGUAAGCAAUAUGAGGAUCAACUGGUAUGAAAUAACCUGAGAGGUCUAAAGCCUCCCUAGUGUCACAAGACAAAAUCUGUCUCGAUUUAUGCCUUUGGAGUUGCUAAUUUGCCUUCAGUUCUCUGUGUGUUUCUAUAGUAUUAAUUUUAGAUUUUGGCAUUUUCUUUCUCUCACAAUCAAGUAUUUCAUUUAUUUUACUAAAUUAAUUGGAACCAAAAGAUUGAGAACCACUUGUUUAUGUUCUCAUACAACAUUAGUGUGUGAUGCAUGUAUUAGCAGUCCUGUGGGAGGAAGCUAUUCAUUUGAGUGGUUUGUUAAGACUGCAGCACAUCUGUAGUAAUGAGGCUUUUUCUGUUUCAUAAAUCAUUAUCUGUCACAGUCAAAGCUGGCAAUCGAAAUUCAGUUUGAGGCAUUUUUUUUCUUGCUGGAUGUGUGUCAUGUUUUCUAAAUAAAUUGAUUUGUUUUUCUAAUCAGAGCCUCCCAUUCCUUCCUCCUGUGACAUCCAUAUAAACACUCUCCCUCUGGCAUUUGCUCUUUUUACUCUCCUCUGUUUCUUGUGGCUCUCUUGUCUUGUCUGUUGUGCUCAUCUCUCCAGGAUCCUUACCCUUCGCUCUUUGCUGUUCCCCCCUCCCGCGUUCCUUCUGUUCCCCUGCAAUUCCUUGUAUCGAGCUCUUUCCCACCAUCAUUGUCAGCUGUGGUGUAGCACGCUAGCAGAUCUCUCGCCAUUCAGGUCAAAACAAUAUUUCUGAUACCCGUCUCUGAUGGCCGAAAAGUCCUGAGGGAGUUCGUGGGUGUGUAACUCAAUGACUAAAAGAGUGUGCUGAGUUUUGUUAAACUGUUAAAUCAUGCUGAGGUUAACAACAGGAUGACAGGAGUUGGAGUGCCACCUACAGAUAUUGUCCUCAUUAUGCAAAGGUCACACUGAGUCGAACAGAUGUACUGCUGCUAUGGAUUCUGGCUGUUUUUGAGUCAUGACCAUGGCACAGUAUUGUUAAAAUAUUGUGAAAAAGGUGGGAAACUUGUGCUGUUUGUGUCAAAAAAUAGUAGCAAGUACUCAAUAUUUAUUUAUUUAUACUUUAAUUCAUUAAUUAGUUUUAAUUUGUUAAAAAAAACAACAGUUGCAAAUGGUUUCUUUUCUAAACACAUAUACAUUUUUCUGUCUCGAAGCACUUUUAACCUAACAUUUACACACUCAGGCCCCAAUGCGUUGAGGACAACUUAAGGUUCAGUAGCUUGCUCAAUGAUACUUCAACAUGUAACUUGGAAGAGCCAGGGAUUAAAGCAAAGGGAUAAAUGUGAGAGGAAAAAGGAAAGUUCAACAUGCAACAACUGUGACAGAAUUUCCAUGUAACUUUAGAUGUAUAUAAAUGACUCAAGUGUGAGUUGUAGUCUGGCCAUUCUUAGUUUUAUGGGUCCUUUUCACAGCACAACCUUUAUGUGCACAACGCAAAUAUCCCAGUGCUCGCCAAUUCUGUGUCAUGCUAUAUUUUCAUGCUUUUUUUUUUAUAGCCAUGGUUACUGCUGACCAUGCAGUUGUAAUAUUCUGGAUAUGAUUGACUUCUCAAAAAAUUGCAAAUGUCAUUGGUUUGUACAGAGCACCCAACCGAUGGUACCAGAACUUGUCACUUUCUUUCUGUACCUCACAAAUUACAGUAAUCAGUGAAUUGUGAUGGAUUGGGAGCUGCUAUGUCUGUUAUUGUUCUGAUGAUUACUAUGUAACAGAUUCUAUGGACCGCCAUUCAACAUCAAACCACGACUGGCUGUGACUGGCGAUAUAACAUUGCUUACUGCUUACAAGAGUCUGUUUAAACCUGUAAUUUGGUGCAUCUCGAUGGCGUGUUGUAAUGUUUGACAAAUAUAUGAUAGAAGCAGAAGAUCUGAUUUUGAAGAAGAGUGAACUGUACAGGGUAAGAAUUCUAAUCUUGAAUUUUUCAAGCAGCUGAUAACGUGUUGGUAUUUUAAACAUAAAGAAAACGUUCUCGAUUGCCAGCCCUGGAAAAAGGAAGCCCUAACACAUCUGAAUGUGACAUGUUCAUUAGCCAGGAUUUCCAAAAGAACAAACCUGUUUGAAUCCAUGUUUGAUUCAGACACAUCCAUGGUGUAAAUGCUCAUGGCAUUGGCUAAGUCAUCCCCGUCAAGAUAUGUCUUCUAGCAGCACAUGCAAACACCAUACUGACAUUUCAACAAGGUGAGGGGGGUCUUUAAGAUCGUGUCACUUCUACACUACAGGAAGGCUGAACUUAUUUAAUCUGUUGCCACAUUAGCCAAAGACCAGAGGUCGAGGAAUGUGGAAAAAACCUCUAAUCAAAAGCUUAUUUAAUUUGGAAAGAUACCGUCUUCUAGUGAGUAUAAAAAUCAAUCAUGCCGUCUAAACACCAAACCCACAGACAUCCAACUCCUCUUUCACGCCACAGAUUUGCAGGAGACAUGAGGUCCAAUUUCAUAAGAAACCUUCCAACAGUUGAUUUACUAGUACACCGUGUACUUGAAGGAGGGAGUCUGAUUCCAUCAAAACAACGCAGAUUAAACAUACUGUUUAUUGUA